AUGCGCUCUUCUUUAUCAAAUAGUGCCAUUUCGUACGUUACUCACUACUGUAGCGAUUCGUAUAGCAUUGCAAAGCCAGCGUCUAGUGCUAGCGAAUGUACUCAGGUUGAUCAUGUGGCCCCGACACAUCAGUACGAGUUGAUCUGUGACGUUACCGAAAAACAAAUGGCAAUUAUGGAAGCACUGGUACAGGAAGCUCGACUCAAACAUUCCGAACUUCUGGAAAUGUACAAGAUGGUAGAUGCUGCCCAGAAUCGCUUGAGUAGUUCGCUGACCCGAGCGCAUCAGAAUGUGGACGAAGCAGCACAGACGUUGAUGCGUAUUAUUGAGGAAAAUCGUCGUCAAGUAAUCAAGGAUUUGGAUAAUGCCUAUAGUGCGAAGCAGCUGCAGCUUACUGUUAUCGAUAAGAAGGUUUGA